UAGAGCAGCUACCUCAGGGACCUCACCGACAUAAUAAGUACGUACACAGUAGCAGCUUACCUUGUCAGUCCAUCCAUGGAGAAUAUCGUCUACCUCUUGACCAUCAUGUCCUUAUCCAUGGCGCUGCUAGUGCCACUCCACCACGGACAGUGCGAAGCAGCAGCUAGAGCUGCUGCUGCUGCUGCCACAAGCUGCCAUCAUGCCGGCACCGGAGCUGCUGCAUCUGCAUCAGCAUCAUCAUCCACAGCAGCGUGCAGCAGGAGCUGCGUCGGCGGCAAGGCGCCGCGGAAACAAAAGCAGCAGCAGCCGCAGGUGGAGGGCAUGUUCGUGUUCGGGAGCUCGCUGGUGGACAGCGGCAACAACAACUUCCUCAACGGCUCCGGCGUGCGCGCCGACUACCUCCCCUACGGCGUGGACUUCCCGCUCGGCCCCUCGGGCCGCUUCUCCAACGGCCGCAACGUCAUCGACGCGCUCGGCGAGCUCCUCGGCCUCCCGGGGCUUGUCCCGCCCUUCGCCGACCCGCGCACCCGCCGUGCCCGCGCCCGCGCCGCCCUGCUGCGCGGCGUCAACUUCGCCUCCGGCGGCUCCGGCAUCCUCGACCACACCGGCCAGGGCGAGGUGGUGAGCCUACGGCAGCAGAUCAGCAACUUUGAGUCGGUGACCCUUCCUGACCUGCGGGCCCAGCUGCGGGGCCCAGCUGCGGCCGCCAACCACGGCCGGAUCAAGGGCCAGGAUUCCUUCCACGAGUGCUACCUCUCCAAAUGCCUCUUCGUCAUCGGCACCGGCGGCAACGACUACCUGCUCAACUACUUCAACCCCAGGAAGAACGACGGCACCGAGGGUGGGCCGCCGCCAUUGUCAGAGUUCACCACGUCUCUCAUCACCAAGCUCUCGGACCAUCUUCAGAGUCUGUACGGUCUUGGCGCACGGAAGUUUGUGAUCUUCUCGAUCCAGCCGACCGGGUGCACCCCCGUGGUCCGGGCGUUCCUCAACAUCACCGGCGCCGCCUGCAUCGAGCCGGUGAACGACGCGGUGGCGCUCUUCAACUCCGAGCUCAGGCGGCUGGUCGACGGCGCCAGGCCGCCGCGCAUGCCCGCCGCCAGGUUCGCCUACAUCGACUCGUACAAGAUCAUCAGGGACAUGCUGGACCACCCCGCCAAACAUGGCGUACGGGAGACGGGCAGAGCCUGCUGCAAGAUGUCGAGGAGGUCGUCGGGCGUGCUGUGCAAGAAGCAGGGGCCCGUGUGCAGGGACCGGACGGAGUACGUCUUCUUCGACGGGCUGCACCCGACGGACGCCGUCAACGCCAGGAUCGCGCGCAAGGGCUACGGCUCCAGCUCGCCCGACCACGCCUACCCCAUCAACGUCAAGAAGCUAGCCAUGCUCUAGCUUGCCUUCUAGCUAGUUCUCUAGUAAUGAUGAUCGCUAAGAGUACUAAAUUACUGCUAGUUCUAGUAGUAAUUCUCAGCUAAGUAUAAUUAGUCUAAGCCAUCCAUGCAUCUUUGCUAGGUUAAGUGUUUUUAUCUACUACUACAAGAAGUUAGCAGUAUUAGCUCUGGACUACUAGAAGAGUUAGAACUCGGGUCCAGCUCUAGGCAACUGCUCCCGGUGAUCUUCUGUACUGUACAAAGGCUUUGUAUGUUGAACCAGUUUCAUUAUUUUGAUAGAA